GGAUGAUAUUUUAUAGUUUCUUUGUAUCAUAUAUGUAAAUUAAGAGAUAAACGAAUUAUGAAUGUUUUAUAACAUUAGAUUAUAUGAAGCUACAUUUUAUUACAUUGACGAAACUAUAGUUAAUUGGUGCGUUUGAUGUGCAAUUGGUGCAAUGAUUGUUAAAUGGUCUUUCUUUUCCUAUUAUAUUUAAGCGUAUUUCUUAAAUAUGGAAAUGUAUGAUACAACAUGACACAAAUUGAUUUUCAAAUAUAACAUUAAAUAAAUUUACUAUAAUGGGUAAUUGUAUGCGAAGCGUAUUGCAAAAGUUACAAAAGAAGAAAUGUGCCGAAAAGAGUAUUAUCUUGCUUAUUGUGGGUCUUGAUAAUGCGGGAAAAACUUCAAUUUUGAACUGCAUCAGUGGAGAUUCAGAUAAAACCACUUUACCUACGAUAGGGUUCCAUGUAGUAUCUUUAAAAUAUAAAUCAUACACUGUAAAAAUUUAUGAUGUUGGUGGAAGCUCUCAAAUCAGAUCUUUAUGGCCAAAAUACUAUAAUGGUAUACAUGGUCUUAUAUAUGUGGUGGAUGCUAGUGAUAUUUCCCGUCUUACAGAAAAUAAAGUUGUAUUUGGUGAAUUAAUUUCACAUGAAUAUAUUUCAGGAAAGCCAUUGUUGUUGCUUGCAAACAAACAGGAUAUAAACGGGGCUAUUGAUGAAUUAGAUCUCGUUGAAAACUUAGACAUAGAACAUGCUGCUAAUACUAUGAAAUGUCCCACAAGAGUGGAAAUAUGUUCAUGUAUUUGGAAAGGAGAUCAGUCAAAAGAUAAUACUAUAGGUAUUAAAAAUGGAUACAAAUGGCUGCUGGAUAUAAUAGUGAAGAACUAUACAAAUUUAAAUACUAGGCUUAAAAAUCAAAAUGCUCAAAAUGAAAAAAAUAUUGAAGUACAAAGCGUAGUAUUAGAUUCACCAUCAAGAUUAUCAGUCCAUUCCAAUCCCUUUAAGCCAAUCAAAGAACUAGUUUUAAAAAGAGAAGAUGCUCAAGCACCAAGUGUUUCUCAAAAUGGUAUAGUAGCAAAUGGAAAAAAGCUAAAGAAAAUGUUUACAUAUAGAAAUAAGACUGCACCACUGACUACUGAGGAAUCUGUCAUUGAAAUUAAGGAUAUGUCACAAACUGUUAAAUUUACUCAAAACACUCUAGAAUCUCAACAGAAUGUUCAGACACUUCCACCAAUAUUAAAUCCAGUAACACUAGAUACAUAUUCACGUCCAGUUAGAUCAAAAAAUAAUCGUCCAUAUACAGCUCCAGAGCGUUCACAUUUUAUAAAUAAGAUAACAGUAAUUAAUAUUCCUAGGCAAGUAACAUAAAAGCAAUAUUUUUAAUUGUACAGGCAAUAAUAUGGGACCAUUAUUAAAAAAUAUGAUACAAUGUAUUUAAAAUUAUAUCCAAGCAAAAUAUUUUAACAACGAAUUUUUUAUAUUCAUCUAAUAUAACAUGAAAAAAAUAUUAGCAAUGUUUUUUAUUAUGUGAGCGAUUGUUUAUGUAUAUAAUGUCUGUAUACAUUCAUUUGUUCUAGUCAUGAAAUACAUAUAUAUAAAUAUUUUCUUCAUUGUCUUUAAUAUAAUAAUAAUAGCAUUUAAUUCAUAUUUAUAUUAGUAGACAUAUUUACAUCAUAUUGUAUAAUGUAAAUAUUUAUAAUAUAUUUAUAAUGUAUUUUUAAAAUAUAUAUAUAGUAUAGUAUUUUAAUUAUUUUAUGAUAUUAAACACCAUCUGUUUUUUUAUUUAAACUUUAUUAUAUCUUGUACAUUUGCAUAUAGAUUCAUGUACAUAAAAGUUCGGCAAAUAUACGAAUUACAAUAUAUAUGAAAGACUUAUAAAAGCUAUAGCAUAGACAUUAAAAAACUUUCGAUUAUAGAAUAGGAGUAAAAGUGCGUAAAAAUUGUAUCGCAAAAGCAUACUUAUCACAAUUUAUAGUAUAAUAAAUAUCGUAAGUAGUUCCAUAA